AUGCAGAGUGAAGGAGGCCCUGCGUGCCCCUCAGGGGUUGCUGCUUGCCGGCUGCUGCUGCUACGGCUGCUGCGGAGCGGCUAUACUGCAGCACAAGCAGCAGCAGCACUAAAGGACGGGCAGCUGCUGCAACAGGAGCAGCAGCAAGAUCUGCUGCAUGCGCUCGCAGGCCUUCUGGACGAAUGCCUGCAGCAGCAACCCGACGAAGACCCCGCUGCAGCAGCUAAGCUGCAGCAGCAGCAGCAGCAGGAGGGCGAUGCAGAGAACCAACCUCCUUUGCAGCAGCAGCAAGAACUGCAGCAGCAACAGGAGCAGCAGCAGCCACCGAGCAAACGGCCGCGCAUUGCUGCUGCGGAUGACAGCAGCAGUAGCAGGAGCGACACAGCAGCAGCAGCAGAGACGCAAGAAGUGCUGCUUGGUGGUGUUCUCUCGCAGGAGCUGCUGCUGCUAAUUGUCUCUUUGCUGCAGCAGGUGCAGCCAAUCCCUGCAGAUAUCUCUGCUGAUUCUGCUGCAGCAGCAAGCAGCUGCUUGCGUCUCUUCUUUUCGAAUCUUUCGGGUGUACGUGCAGCAGCAAUAGCAGCAGCAGCAGCAGCAGCAGCACCAGCAGCAGCAGGGGCUGAGACCUUCAGCAGCAGCAAGGAAUGGGAGUCGCUUAUGGAGCGCCGCGUUGCAGCAGUCUGCCAGCUGCUGUCUGCAUGCAGGAGUUCUGCUGCUGCUGCUGCUGCUGCUGCAGCAGCAGGAGCAGCACCUCUCGCAGCAGAAGCAGCAGCAACAGCAGCAGCAGAAGAUGAAGCGCUGUGGAAGCGCUGCAGCACGCAGCUCCUGCUGCUGCGGCAGUGGAUCCGCUUCUUUGCUGCUGCUGCAGCAGAGCGAAGAGAGCUUGUGGGGCGUCUCUCUAGCUGCAGCCAGCUGCAGCCGCUGCAGACGAUGCUGCAGCACCCAGACAACAACCAGCUUGAAGAAGGUCUAGGGAGGGCGUUGGCUUUGCUGGAGCAGCAGCUGCCGCUGAUAGGCCCGAACCCCCAAGCAGCAGCAGCAGCAGCAAAGUCAGCAGAGGCGAAGCUGCGUGCAGCAGCAGACAGAUGGAGAGCUGAACAGGAGCGGCAACGGCAGCAGCAAGAAGAGAUUCAAAGGCGCUCCGCCUUCUCCAGGGCCUGCGUUCAUUUCGUGCUGCAGCGGCAGCAGGAGCAGCAGCAGGCAGCAGCAGCAGCAGCAGCAGCAAUGCUGGGGACCCCUGCAGCAACUGCUGCUGCUGCCCGCAGCAGAGCUGUGGCUCACCCCUUUUACAUCCUUGGUGUUAAUCCCCACACGGCAACGGAGAAAACUAUUGCAGCAACAAGGAAGAAGUGGCGCGCGCUGCUGCACCCAGAUAAAUUUCAUUCGCAAGAGGCGGAGAUGCAGCAGCAAGCCAAUGAAGCCUUCAAGGCAUACGAGGAAGCGUGUGCUGAGGCGCUGCGUUUGCUGCGGGCCCGUGCAAUGGAUUUGACGUGGGCGGCUCCGCCUCCGCCCCCAACACCUGAAGCAGCAGCAGCAGCAGCAGCACCUGCUGCUGCUGCUGCUGCUAGUGGAGGAGCAGCUGGUUCUGGUGCAGCAAAUGGCACGACGUCCUCUCCCUUCGCGAACGCCAGCAACAGCAACAGCAGCAGCAGCAACAGCAGCAGCAGCAACAGCAACAGCAGCAGCAGCAGCAAAGUGCAGGUUGCUACGAGUUGUUAUUUCCCUGAUGCUGCAGUUGAGCCGCUGCCGCGCAGAAAAGCAACGGGGGCUUUUCGGGUGUAUGUACAGGCUGCAAGCGCAAGUGCUGCAGCAGCAGAUGGCGGAGAGGCAGCAGCAGCAGCAGCAGCAUUCCGCUGCAUUACGAAAGUGUGGGUGUACGUACACCGGCCUGUAAGAGGGGGGCCCCCUGUGUCUCUGCAGCCUGCUGCUGAGAGUUUGAGUUGUGUAUUGCAGCAAGACGUGCUGCUUGCUGCAGGUGGCGACGAAGCAGCAGCAGCAGCAGCAGCAGCAGGGGGCGGUAGCAGCAGCAGAGAAAUAUCUAUUGACGUUGCGGCAGUGCAGCCGCUGCUGCUGGAGCAGCAGCAAACCUACUGGAUUGGCGUGCAAGUGCAGAGUCGAAGGAAGCAUAUAUCGCUGAUACGGUGGCUGCCGCUGCGCUUAACUCUUGCUGUUGCUCCUCUGCCCUCGCUGCAGCAGCUGCAGCAGCAGCAGCAGCAGCCGGAGCAGCAGGAGCAGCAGGAGGAGCUCUUUAGCGAAGAAGAAACAGACAAAAAGAAACAACACAAAAGAAAACACAAAAACCAGCAGCAGCAGCAGCAGCAGCAGAUCGAACUGCUGCAGACUGCAGCAAAAGCAGCACUUGCUCAACUUAACAGCUUCGUAGGGGCCCCAUUCCUCUCUUCGCUGCAGCAGCAGCAGCUGCUGCAGCACGUGCAGCGCCUGCAGCAACUCGCUCCUGCUGCAGUCCACAACCAACAAACAGCAGCAGCAACAGCAGCAGCAAACUGCCGUGCUGCUGUGCUCGCCGCGAGGGAGCUGCUGCAGGAGUGCAUGCAGCAGGCAGACCACUGGGCAGAUGGCUUCCGUGAGUAA